AUGGGUGUGACGCUUCCCUCUUUUGAUGAGUUGCCCAAUAAGUACAGGUACUGGAAGUGGGGUCCUCCGGGCUCCGAGGCUGAAGGAAAGGGUAUGCUGAAUAUUCUAACCUCAGAUGUUGUUCAAGCUGCAUCUAAAGAGAUUCAAACCGGUGAAAGGGUAGCAAUUGGGUGGAAAUUCAACAAACCAGACUACCCACCCCUUCAUAGAGUCGAGUUCAAGCUAGACAUCAAGUACAUCAACGACCCGAUAGCUUUUGACGACGAGAUCAGCAUCAAUCCACAAUCAACCAGUCAAUGGGACGGUUUCAGACAUUAUUCGCAGCGGAUUAGAUCUGGAGAUGACGAUUUAUUGGCUACAGCGGAAAAAGAAGCCUCAUUGAGUGAGAGGGAAAAAAGAGUCUUUUAUGGGGGUACGAAGCACUCCGAGAUCUUGGAUUCUUCUUCUGAUAGAAUCUCGAUUCACCAUUGGGCCAAGCAAGGGAUUGUCAGUCGCGGUGUUUUGAUUGACUACAAGUCUUGGGCCGAUAAGAAAGGAAUUGAGUACUCGUGUUUCUCUGUUCACCAAGUCAGACUCUCUGAUAUCCUUGAGAUUGCCAAAGAGUCCAACAUCGAGUUCAGACAAGGCGACAUUCUAUUCAUCAGAAUUGGUCUGAUCCCGGAGUGGGAAGCCAUGUCUGCCGAGAAGCAGAAGGCCUAUGGUGACAACGGACCUUACCACCAUUGUGGAGUUGAACAGAACGAAGCAGUUGCAAGAUUCCUAUGGGAUAACCAUUUUGCUGCCGUGGCUAGUGACUCUAUUGGAUGGGAGGUCUACCCUACUCAGAACCCUGGAUUCCAUCUCCACGAAUUUCUCCUUGCCGGUUGGGGUGUGCCAAUAGGUGAACUCUUCGAUCUUGAAGGAUUGAGUGAACUGUGUAAGAAACACAAUAGGUGGUCGUUCUUCUUCUCGUCUGUUCCUUUCAACGUGGUCGGAGGUGUGUCCUCAGCUCCAAACGGACUCGCCAUUUUUUGA